GUGCUAUGCCAGGAGCGUCUUCACGAGCACCCAGCUCAUGAAGACCCAGACCCGGUACCGCCACGCCUUGCCGAGCGGGCCGCUCGGCUCCAAACGUACCUUCUUCUUCGGGUUCUUCUUCUCCUCGCGCAGCCGCGCCUGCCGCCUUCUAUCAUACUCGCGCCGCGCGUCGGGGUCCGACAGGAUGUCGUAGGCGUCGCGCGCGGCGUCGAAGGCCGACGGCGCGCGGCUGUCACUAUUUUUGUCGGGGUGGCAGAGCUUGGCCGUCGCGCGGUAGGCCUUCUUGAGCGCCGCCGCGUUCGCCGACGGCUUCGCGCCGAUGCAGCCGUAGAACUCGUCCCUUUCGAACUCGUUCAGGACGCGCUCGACGGCCUUCUGCUCCUUGGUCUUGCCGGGCCAGCGGAGCCACUUCGGCAGCGCGGCUGCUUGUGUGGCGAGGAGGAGGAGGCCUACGGCGCGACUUGGUCGUCGUCGCGGCAUCAUCGUUUGCUGCGGCAGAGGCUUACAGCAGUGCAGUGCCUGGCCGUGCCUGUGGCACGACUGAGACAGAUGCAACAGCCGAGCAGUAUGGAGUCUUCUCGUCGACAAACGAGUCCCACAAGAAGCACAACGAUGAAUGCGCCGAGUUACAAGCUCGCAAAGCCCUCUUGCUAG